UAUUGUUUUCAAACCAGUUUGUAGGCCAAAAUCUAUGCCAUAAGAGCUUGUUUAUGAAAUUUUGCAAGUUUAACUACUUUACACUUUAACAAAAAAUCGAAGUCACCCAAUUGUUUGAACAGAUAUUUGGGAAAGGAGUUUCGAAUACUCUCUUUAUUUUUUAAAUAUUGAAUAAGCCAAUUUAUUUUAAACACAUUGUUUAAAGUAUCAAAACUCAACACCUCUAAAUCACUAUGAUCCUUGGAACUGGAUACAAUUUCCUUUCUCAAGUAAACGAACAUUCACUUCAAAUCUAUAGGGGAACUGUACACGAGCGACUGCUAUCACGUGACUAGCACCUGCCAAUCAGCGCCCGCGCGCGCGCGCAUGUGUUAAUAUUAAUACGGAGCGCGCGCCCAGAUCCUGUCACGCAGGAUGCCGCACAAGUCAAAGAAAGACAAGUCUGUCAGAUCCAGCAGGAGGGGAAGCAAACAGCAUGAAGUUGAUCAGGACUCUGAAACUGAGAAUAAGAGCGGCGGCUCCAGGAAACCUCCCAGCACACAGCUGCUGCGCUCCAAGCAGCCGCCCGGCCAGAGCGCCCUGAAGAAACACCGCCGACUGAGCGCCUCGUGUUUCCCCAUCAGCCUCAACAGAGAGCUGCUGCCGCUGGACGCGCUGACAGAUGUGGCUCCGGCCGAGCAGGAGAAGCUCUUCAUCCAAAAGCUGCGUCAGUGCUGCGUUCUGUUCGACUUCCUGUCCGAUCCGCUCAGCGACCUGAAAUGGAAGGAAGUGAAGCGGGCGGCGCUGAGCGAGAUGGUGGAGUACAUCACCCACAAUCGCAAUGUCAUCACGGAGCCCAUUUACCCGGAGGUGGUGCACAUGUUUGCCGUGAACAUGUUCAGGACUCUGCCGCCUUCAUCCAACCCGACGGGAGCAGAAUUCGACCCGGAGGAGGAUGAACCCACUCUUGAAGCAGCGUGGCCUCAUCUACAGCUGGUGUACGAGUUUUUCCUGCGGUUUUUAGAGUCGCCUGACUUUCAGCCGAACGUUGCAAAGAAAUACAUUGAUCAGAAGUUUGUGAUGCAGCUUCUGGAGUUGUUUGACAGUGAAGAUCCACGAGAGAGAGAUUUCCUGAAAACCACCCUGCACCGGAUAUAUGGAAAGUUUCUUGGGCUGCGGGCUUACAUUAGAAAGCAAAUUAAUAACAUAUUUUACAGGUUUAUUUAUGAGACGGAGCAUCACAACGGAAUCGCUGAAUUACUGGAGAUCCUGGGAAGCAUCAUCAACGGCUUCGCUUUACCUCUGAAAGAAGAGCACAAGAUCUUCCUGCUGAAGGUUUUAUUGCCGCUGCACAAGGUGAAGUCUCUGAGCGUCUAUCACCCGCAGCUGGCGUAUUGUGUGGUUCAGUUCCUGGAGAAGGACAGCACGCUCACCGAACCGGUGGUCAUGGCUCUUCUCAAGUACUGGCCCAAGACUCACAGUCCGAAGGAGGUGAUGUUCCUCAACGAGCUGGAGGAGAUCCUGGACGUGAUCGAGCCGUCCGAGUUCGUGAAGGUGAUGGAGCCGCUCUUCCGUCAGCUGGCCAAGUGUGUGUCCAGUCCGCACUUUCAGGUGGCGGAGAGAGCGCUUUAUUACUGGAAUAACGAGUACAUCAUGAGUCUCAUCAGCGACAACGCAGCCAAGAUCUUACCCAUCAUGUUCCCGGCGCUUUACCGCAACUCCAAGAGCCACUGGAACAAGACCAUUCACGGUUUGAUCUACAACGCACUCAAGCUCUUCAUGGAGAUGAACCAGAAGCUGUUUGACGACUGCACGCAACAGUUCAGAGCCGAGAAGAACAAAGAGAAGGCGAAGCUGAAGGAGAGAGAAGAGGCCUGGAUGAAGAUCGAGAGUCUGGCCAAGUCAAACCCGCAGUACGUUUUGUAUGUUGAUCCGUCUGGACUAAACAGUCCUGUAGAAAUGGAGACUGAUGGUCCCUUUAUAGAAGAUGUUCAGAUGUUAAAAAAGACAGUGCAGGCCAGAGCCAUUCAGAUGUCGAGGGAGCAGAGGAAGGAGCGUCCGCUCGUCCGGCGUAAAUCUGAUCUGCCUCAGGACUCGUACACCACGAAAGCCUUGGAGACGCACCGGCGCGCCGAAGACAUGCUGACCAACCACGACGGCCACUAGCGCACGGGAGGCUCCGCAUCUCCGCUGUUUUCUUGACUCUCUCUUCCUGUCGUCCGUAUCUCGCCGUCGGUCCGGGAGGACGAGACGACGGCCGAAGCUGAAACUCGGAAAGCUUUCUUUGCGUUUCAGAUUUGCGUUUAUUUUCAGGGACGGUUGCCAGUGCCAAUACGGUCAUGUCGAUUAGCUUCCAUGGUUUUAUUUGUAUGUUUCUCGCUUAAGCUAACGUGGUGUUUCAGACUAAAGCACGUGUGUCACGCGUUCUUCUCUGUGUGUCGCUCGGAUCGGAUGACUUUGAGUUAGUAACUGAGUUAGUUCACUUCUGUGCCAUAACGAAUCUGACAGUUUAGUUGAACACGUGUCUCUGGCAGAAUCUGCCGCUCGUCGUGCUGUUUUACCGGUUCAAACAAUGGUACCGUUUCUCCGUCGGAUCAACGGCGUCCGGAGCGAAGGCUGCGCGUCGCGUGCGGCGGCCGAAUGUCACGAACGUUCCCGGAUCGACUCGUCCGACACGGAGCUCUGGGAUCCGACGGGAAUCUCUUCUGAUCUGCAGACUCGAGCCGUUCGGACUGUGACUCUCCUGAAGGAUCUCGGUGCCUUUCAGCGGCUGCGACGAGCGAUUCUUCGGUCCGUUCGGAUGAAUCCAGAUCCGAACGCGGCGGUGUGACGCCGACGCUUCGAUUGUUCAUUUCCAUCUGGAUGUUUCCUGUUACUUUAUCGAACUACCUAGAAGCACUUCCUGAAAACUUGAAAACUCUACUGUGUGUGUGAGAGAGAGAGAGAUUCAGUCGCAUGCUUACAGUCAUUUCUGUACCGUUGUUUGAACUCCUGUACGUUUAUUCGCUGCAUUUUAUUCAUUUCUUUUCACUUAUAAUAAUUCAUUGAGUAUGUGAGUAUAUAAAUGUUGAUGUAUAAAAUACGUUUUUGUCUCGGCUUCUUUCCCAAACACACUCGCACACUCCAGACCAACACUUUAUGUGUUUGUUGUGUGUUGCUGUUGAAACAAAUGACUGAAUGAGAAGAGCAGAAUUAUUUCACAUUAUAUUUCUAUUGGCUUAACAUCAUGGUAAGUGUCCUUCACACUUUCUCUAAUGGUUUAGAAUAUACGAGCAUUUCUUUUGCUUUCACUGUGUUUGUGCAUUUACUACACCGAUCAUAUAGUUUAUAUAGAAUCUAUUAACAACAAUACAUGUACAGAAUCAAACAACUACACAUUCAUGGAAUGUUCCAUUUCUGAGGAGCUAAUAAACAAGCAUUUUCUAUCCGUUUGUAAAAUUCUGAUAUCGCUGUGCAUUUUCCUCUUUAGCUUUUAAUUGUGAGUCUUUACUGAAGUUCAAUGUUGUACGAGAACAAUAAAGAGAUCAUGUGGAUUUAUAUUUGAA